AUGGAGCCUGGAGCUAUAUUGAAUAUCAUUAUUGUUGGCGUACACGCUACGGGCAAGUCCGCGUUUGUGCAGCGCCAUCUGACGGGCGAAUUUAAAGAAAAGUAUACGCCCAGUCAAGCAAGUGAAAUGCACAAUUUUAAGCUGCACACCACACGCGGUCCCUUGCGAUUUUUCUUCUGGGAAUCUCAGGCAGUUAAGGAGAGGGACUAUUUGCCCAUUGCUGCUGCUAUAAUAAUGAUCGAUGGCAGUUGCGGACGCUCCUCGACGCCCGUGUCCAAUUAUCAAAACGAUAUUUGGUACUACUUUGGCAACAUACCCAUUGCCAUAUGCUCGAACAAGUUGGAUCUGGGCAGUACUGGUGGCAAGGCGUGGAGCAUUUCAGACUUGGUUGAGCAUUUCGAUAUAUCGGUGAAAUCAUUUGUCAACUGCGAGAAGCCGCUGCUUUGGUUAGCCUCAAAAAUCUUUGAGGAUGCGCAGCUGCAGUUGGUGCCAGAGCUGGCGGCAUAUCCACCAGCCAAGACGCUGCUGUCCACUCAGGAUCGUUUGCUGCUGGCAUUCUAUGAGCAGUCCCAGCCAUUUGUGCUGCCACGCGAUGAUGAAUGGGAUGCAAAAUCAAAAAACUAA